UCCUCUGCUAUAUGUGAGAGGUUAAUUUAUGAUCUGUAUUAACAGAUUCUGACUCACAAGAUAACAUUAGCUUUUGUAGUGUAAUUCAAGUUGAAUCUGUUAAUGUGAACAAGAUUUUUACUAAUACUAAGAGUGUGCUUUGUGCUUAAGAUUGUUAAAAUACAUACUAGACACACAGAAGUGAGUAAUCUAACAAAAUUAAAUUGUUAAAAAUUUGUGUCUUGUUGAUUGUGCUAUCUUCUGUCAUCCAGUGGCUAUCUUAUUUGUCAAUAGAACAGCUGAUCAUGUAAAAUGUAAAAUAAAAAUAAAUAAAAACAUAACCUGUACCAAGAAAGAAAAUAAUUAUUGUAUCUUCAAUAAUACAUUAAUGAGAUAAACACCGAAAUGGACGAACCGAUCGCCACUACCAUACUAUGAUUUCAUACGGCUCCAUCAUCUAGAUGGUAAGAUGGACACGCUGCACGUGAGCCACCACCACAGCAAGGGCUCCAGCCGCAGUCAGUCGCCGUCCACGGGCGAGCUGGCGAGGGACCCGGCCGUGGUCACCGACGACGCCGUCAUCAGGUCCAGGGUGCAGUCUCCGCAGACGCCGCACCAUGUUGUCAGUGAACCUUCAUCGAGUUCAUCUUCCCGUCACGGCGGCGAACGUGUAACACAUCAUGUCAAGUCCCAUUCAAGGGAUCUCGGCAACAGUCCACUGUCAGCCAACACCACUGGCAACAGCACUAGAGAUUUGGAGGACUCGCCCCAGAAGAAGAUUCUGUCAGGCCUGAUAGGCCCCGGGGACUACUCGGGGCCUGUCUAUAGUCCCAAUGUGUCGUACGCUUUGUCUGACGAGUAUGGAUCUCCAGCUUACAGAGGGCAAGAUGGUGAUUACUUAAACCAAGAUGAGAGUGACGGCAGCGCCGUGACGUCAUCAAAAGCGUUAGCCGCCAUUGCACAUCUCAAUUCCAAGAUCGAGCGGACCAAGGACCUUAUUCGAUUGGAGCAGACCAUACGAGAUGACAACGUGAACGAAUACCUGAAGUUAGCAGCGAACGCGGACAAACAGCAACUUCAGCGGAUCAAGGCCGUGUUCGAGAAGAAGAAUCAGAAAUCAGCGCUAUGUAUCGCACAGUUACAGAAGAAACUAGAGGGGUACAACAAGAGGAUUAGGAACUGGGAGCAACACGGCAGUAGCGGCCAGGCGCACAGACAGCCCAGCCAAGUGCUGAGAGAUAUGGGACAGGGACUUAAAAACGUGGGCGGCAACAUCCGUGACGGCAUCACCGGUUUGGGCGGCAGCGUAAUGGCGGCGCCGCGGGAGUUCGCGCAUCUCUUCUCUCGCUCUCGCUUCGGCUCCGCGGACAACAUCGCCCAGCUGGCCGCGAACGCGUCGUCGGAAGGUUCCCGAGCGUCGGAGACAGGCGACGGAGCCCCGCGAGGCUCCACGCUGCCGCGCGCCGCCACGUCCCCGGCGCCGAAGUACUCGCCUGAAGCAUCACCGUCUUCUUCUGUCACCAGCGAAGGAGCACCUUACCCCACCCAGCCGAACUCGAACAACCUGUCGGAGGCGGCGUUCUCCAUCAAGCCGAUCUUGAACGAGCUGCGCGAGCGCAAGGAGGACUACGAGCGGCUCGCUGAGAAGAUCGAUGCGCUCAAAAACCUAUCACAAGAAGUAUCGUUCCUAUCGAAUGCGUUGCAAGAAGAAAGGUUCAAGACUGAGCGGCUGGAGGAGCAGAUCAAUGACCUCACUGAACUGCAUCAGAACGAGGUAGAGAAUUUGAAACAAGCUUUGACGGAUGUUGAAGAGAAGGUGCAGUAUCAGAGCGAGGAGAGGAUGCGGGACAUCCACGAGGCGUUAGACCUCUGUCAGACUAAGAUCAGCAAAUUAGAACAAUGGGCGGCCGGGGGCGGCGGCGGUGGGGGAAGCGGCGGCCCUGGCGGUGAAGCUGGCGGGCACGCAGCUUUACCCCCACGGCUUUUAUUAGUCAAGCUGCUCAAUGUGGCCCUCACUCUUCUCCAGCUCGCCUUACUGCUGGUGGCCACCGUGGCUGGAGUCGCAAUGCCGUUCCUAAGAACUAGAGUACGAGUAUUGACAACAAGUUUAGCGGUAAUGAUCGGCGUGAUAGUCCUCAAGCAAUGGCCGGAGGUGAGCCAGUUGUCGGAGCACCUGGUGCGGCGGCUGAAGGAGUACUUGCUGGACAAGCACCACGACAGGUAUGAAUGCAAGUCAUUAUGUGGUUGAAAUGUCGGCGGUUAUUGGAAUUAGGUAAUAUUUCAAUUCUGUCGUCCGCGAUAUCGCAGUGAUAUAACGUAAUUAGCGCCGGGCAUUAUGAUGGACGAAAUUAAAGUACAAAGUUUUAUUGAACUCGGUCAGUAUUGUAUUUUUUUUAAACUCUGUUGUUUUAUUUUACAAAAUAGCAAAGUUAAAGCCAUUAUACAUUUUUCGAUUGUGUAUUUUUUAUUAGCCUACAGACGAUCUUAAAACUUUAUGGAUUAAUUUUUAAGUAAUAUUAAGAAAAAUAAAUACAAUACAUUCUUCUAUAGAGUGAAGAGUACGAACAAUAAGAAAAAGGGAUUUUUUUUCAUUAUAUACUGCGUUUAAUUUUAUUUAAUUCCUUUGUUCAAUACAGUGUUGAUCAAGUUCAAUAAAACUGAAUGUACCAGUCCCGUAUUUUGUUUUAUUGAAAUGACUGGUGAGUGGCGAGUUUUGUGAAUUGAUGCAGAGUAUUUUUUAAAUCUAAUAAUUUAUCGCUUCCUUAAAUUCUUAUUUCAGUCAGUACCAAUGUAUAAAUUUGACAAAAUUUAUAAAUAUCACUUGGAAAGUUCCGGCUUAGAUAAAAAAAUUAUAUUUGGAUUUGCAUGGACACAUUUCGGAUGGAAAUUAUAUAAAAGUAGAACAGGUGCGGUAAUGAUAAAAAAGUGCGACAACUUAACGGUCGCUUUGGCUUCUUAUUAUAAAGAAAAGAAUUAAUAUUUGAAAUACUCUGCAUUAUUCAGGUUAUAAAAAUAAGGACACUCAGUUACAAUAGCACGAAGAUUUUAAUUUUUUUAGCUUGUCUAGACGAGUCCUUUACAAUUAGGAUAACUUAAUAUUUCGAAUAGAAAUACCUUUUUGUUGCUAAUAGUACAUUAGCAUAUCAAAAUGCUACAUACCUUUUUGUUGCUAAUAGUACAUUAGCAUAUCAAAAUGCUACAUUUAUUAUUUAAGUUUUAUCUCAAGGGGCUGGGCCUCUUAAUUAUAAUUUUUUUUUGUGGUAUGUAAUUAAUUAUUGAAUAUAAUGUACAAUGAGGUGUAAAGUUUUCAGAAGGGAUGUUUAAUGUGACAAGUUUCAAUCUACUCAUUUGUAUUGACAAGAUUUAAAAUAUCUUUAAAGAGAUGCUUUUUUUAAAAUUUAAUACGUGUCAUCACACUUGUCCAAAUCCAUUUCUUUAAUAAAAAUGUCACAUAAACAUAACAAAAACAUCUGAAUGAUAAAAAUUUCAGAGAAGAGAUAGUGAUAAUUGUUGCGAAACAUGGGAUUUAGUUUUAAAUUUUCGACGUGAAAAUUACAACUCACCAAAAGAUAUGUCAGUGAAAAUAAAAUAAGUUUAAUUUAUUAAGAUUUACCACAUUGUACAUUGCAUGAAGAAAAUGAAAAGGGACAUUUAGGUGGAGCAAUGUAAUACUGAUUGUAAAUAAGUUGUAACGCUGCAAAAUACUCGUGUUUUUAUGAAGCGCUUUCGAUAGAAUUAGAAAAUGUAAACAAAAGAGCAAUAUGCGAAUACGUUUGUAUGUAUAUAUGAUAUGAAAAUUAGUUUUGUAUAGAAGCAUGUAGGUAGAAUUGGUUCGGUGACGGCUCUGUGGGAUUUCAUACACGCAUUGUUAUGUAAAUAUUAUUUGUGAGUUACGGGGUUGCCAGAAAGAUUCGGGAGGAAAAUUUCAUCAAACUCCUAGAUUGCGGAUAGAUUUUUUCAAAAAGGUACUAGAAUGAUAGCGAUCGAUGGGAAGAAUGUAUUAAUUGUUAUAAUUGUGAUAUCAUUGUUUUAUGUCAUGCAACUUAUUUUACUCCAUUGACUUUUUUCUGAUAUAAUUGAAAUUUGGUUAAAUACAAUUUAUUUUUUGUUUUAUGCGAUUUUGCUUCUGUACUGGAAGUUUUUAUUUCUCAAUUGUUGAUUAGCGUAAAAUAGGCUAUAAUUUUAUUUAUUAUUGAUUGGCAAAUAUCGUGGUUAUUGUAUCAACGAGUGGGAGAUAUCAAAAUUUUAUUUAUUAUUAGAUAAAUUUGCCUUUUGAAGAUUAACUCAGUGGUUUUGAAUUUUAACAUCUCAAACUAAAAAAAAUCGUACACCUUGGUGUCAGAUUUUCUGAUGUAAACUUCUUAAUGACUCUUACUUGUGUGAUUUUUCUAAAUAACUGAAGUUGGUCAAUUUAGCUGAAAUCCUUAUAGCCUGAUGUUAAAGUUACAUUCCAAAUUCUAACUGAACUUAGAUAGUUAUCUACAACUUAACAUUAUUCUUUAGUUAUACAUAUAUCCUAAAAGGGUACAGUGUAGUGUUGGGACAUUACUCGAAAUUUAAACAAAUAAAUACCUAUUAUUUAGGAUUUUUGACUGUUCCAUUAAAAAAGUAAAUGAAGCAAAAGCCAGAAAUUUAUAGUAAUGGUUUGUUUGUUGUGAAAAAUAUUUUCUUUACCUAGCAGAAAUUCUAAAAAGCCAUGUUUAUCGUUGUUGCUAUGUAUGUCCCAGCGCACGUACUGUAUGUUAAGUACUGCUUCAUCUGAGUUGGAGGUGCGUGUAUAUUUUGUAAAUAUUUUUACAAGCCCUAUUAUAAAAUGUUACUUUUACGUGAAAGUUUCUUUGGUAAUUUUAUUGUAAUGUUGCAUGCUAGCUGUUAAUUCAGUCCCGUUUUUUAUUAGCUAAAUUUAUAUCUAUAAAGAAAAUUAUAGAUUUAUUAUACACUUGCGAUAUCAAUAAAAUACAAUUGACUCGUUAUGGAAAAGAUUAAUAAACUCAGCGCUUUGAUAAUUACUUAUAGUUUAUUCCAUCAAUGUUAUUUUUAUGAUUACUGAUUAAACAUUCAGUUUUAUAUUUUUGCGAGAUCUAAAUAUUUUUGUCGCUCUUUUCAAAACUAUACUUAGUACCGGUUAUUCGGUUACUGAACCUUAAAAAUGUUUAUUAGAUACCUACAUAAAAUAUUGUAUGUUUAUUUUAUUAUAAAAAUUAAGUUUUGCAUUAGUCAUUGCAUACGUCUCUCAACCUCCCAUCGACAAUAUGUGAUGUAUUUUGUGUUGCCAAUGUUGAUUGAAUUAAAUCAUCACAAUUUUA